AUGGUGACCAGACUCAAUGCAAUCCCGACGCUCGCUUCGCUGUACACGUCCACCCUGACCCCGUCUUCCCCCUCAUCUCUUCGUGCCAACAUCUACCCCUUCUCGCAUCUGCUCUCGAUCUUCACUGGUGAUAUCACGACGCUUUCGAUCGAUGCAAUCGUCAACGCAGCCAACAACAGCCUUCUAGGCGGGGGUGGGGUGGAUGGAGCGAUCCAUCGGGCUGCGGGACGCGAGCUCGUUGUCGAAUGUGGCAAGCUCAACGGUUGUGAAACGGGCUCUGCCAAAACCACGCUUGGUUACGCGCUUCCCAGCAAGCACGUGAUACACACAGUUGGACCGGUGUACAACUCGUCUCGGCACGAGGAAUGCGAAAGGCUGUUGCGAAGCGCAUACAGGUCGAGCCUGGAAGAGCUCAGGAAGAUUGGUGCGAAAAGCAUCGCCUUUCCCAGCAUCUCAACGGGUGUGUACGGAUAUCCGUUCGAUACGGCAGCCACCGCGGCGCUCGACGAAAUCGGAUCCUGGCUCGAAUCAAACGAAAAUCACAAACACAUCGAAAGAAUCGUCCUCUGCUGCUUCUCCCAAAAGGACUACAACAAGUACCUCGAACUCGCACCUACCGUGUUCCCACCACAGGACAUGUUUAGCCGACACACAGAGACGUAA